AUCGAUUUCCGAAAACAAAACCAACACUGGGGUUGGAGGCUGGAACGCAAUUCCAACAGUCGAGGAAUAACCCUGACCUCGCAGCAGAGACGAGGAAUUAGGGUUGCGAGCUUUACUGAGUUCAAAUCAAUGGCGGAUUCCAACUCCAAACAUCAGGAUUCUCUGCAGUCGAUAUGUUAUAAGCGCGGCUCACUCCAACUGCUCGAUCAGAGAAAGCUUCCUCUGGAAACUGUCUACUUGGAAAUUAAAGGCGCAGAUGAUGGAUGGCAUGCAAUAAGAGAUAUGGUGGUUCGUGGGGCACCCGCAAUUGCAAUAGCAGCAGCCCUCUCCCUGGCUGUGGAAGUAUCCAACUUAGAGGAUUUUAUUGGGACAUCUGAUGAUGCAGCAUCUUUCCUUAACAGCAAAUUGGACUAUCUUGUUACUAGCCGACCUACUGCUGUGAAUCUUUCAGAUGCUGCAACAAAACUUAAAGGAGUAAUAUCAAAUGCUGCUGCCACUGCUUUUGAAGCCAUGAGUGUUUUUCAGGCUUUUCUAGAGGCUGCUGAAGACAUGCUUAGGGAGGAUGUUGCUGCAAACAGAGCAAUUGGGUUGUAUGGAGCAAGUUUUCUUCAAAGCCAUAUAAAAGACUCUAAGAAUCUGUCUAUUUUGACACAUUGCAACACUGGAAGUCUUGCAACAGCUGGAUAUGGUACUGCUCUCGGUGUAAUCCGUUCCGUUCAUGCUGAAGGAAUUUUACUGAGGGCCUAUUGCACAGAGACACGUCCAUUCAACCAAGGAUCCAGGCUUACAGCUUUCGAGUUGGUGCAUGAUAAUAUACCUGCUACUCUUAUAGCAGACUCUGCUGCAGCUGCAUUAAUGCAGGCUGGACGCGUGGAUGCUGUCAUUGUUGGAGCAGAUCGUGUAGCUGCAAAUGGUGAUACUGCUAACAAGAUUGGGACCUAUUCUCUGGCCUUAAGUGCAAAGCAUCACCAUAUUCCAUUCUUUGUGGCUGCACCCUUGACUUCCAUUGAUUUAACCCUUUCUUCGGGACAAGAAAUUGUUAUAGAGGAAAGAUCCCCAAAGGAAUUGUUGAACUCGCGUGGAGGACUCGGGGAACAGGUUGCUGCAUCUGGAAUUUGUGUUUGGAACCCUGCUUUCGAUGUUACCCCAGCUAAUCUGAUAGCUGGUAUCAUAACAGAGAAGGGUGUAAUUACUAAGACAGGUGAUGUUUUCGACAUCAAGGAUUUCAUACACAAUGCAACCAGUCACUGCUGUAAAUAAGAGAGGCAUCUUUUGCUGGACCAAGUUCUAUCCCAGUAGUAAGCAAAGGUUGUUUACAUCUAACUUGGUGCUUAAAUUGGUUGACUUGCCCACGAAUUCAAUAGAUUUGAGGGUAUGUGCCAUCUUCCAUGUGUAAGCAUGCCUAAUUUUUGGAGUUCUUGUCAGUUUCAGAAGGAUUAAGAAUAUUCUAAGAAAGCUUGUAUUCUUCUUCUGCCAGUGUGAUGUUUAAUGACUGAAUGCUCUAAUAUUUAAUGGUUCUUCACUUUUAGACUUUGA